AGGUUAUUUGCUAAGUUGUACCCACAAAACUAGUCAUCAAAAUUUCUAUUUUAGAGAAUCCCGCUUUUCUUCAUCCGCCGUUGUACAGCUACUAAAUUGAAAAUUUAUUCCAUGUUAUUCCAUGUUCAUAUCUUUCCGCUUCUUCACUCUGAUGUCUUCUUGUUCCUUCUAAUUCUAUGAAGAUGUAGUAGUUGAUUUGCAUGUGUUGUUGUUAUAAACUCGCUUCCAACUACUAGUCUGCUAUGAUUUCUUAUUGACGUUCUUGUAGAUAGGUGCUUGUGAAAUAAUUGAAGAUCAUUCAUUGCAGACGAAUCUUUAAUAUCUUUCUUGCACCUAGUGCAUCAUAGUGGCUUUAGUACAGUCACAUGGUCAGCUUUUUCUUCAUCAAUCAUCUGGAUCUUAAUUUACUUCGAUUUUUCUUUUUCAUCGUCAUUUACUCUUGAUGAGCAUAGUUUGUUGCUUGUUACUUAGUAAGUGUAAAAGAAGAACAGAUCUUCAAAAAAAAUGGGCGCUGCCGAGUCUGUCCCCAGCGCCGAGCACUCUACCCUCUGUGAGAUAGAGGCGCGGUUGUUGGAGCAUGCUCGAGUGCCUGUGCGUGUGCGGGAUUUGAUACUGCCGCAACGCCAAGAAAGUAUUCAUUAUGCGCGAAUCGAGGGCAGAGGGCAGGUCGGAAAUGGCCUCCCUAUGGUGGUUAUUCACGGAUACGGUGGCGGCAUUGGAGUCUACUAUCGAAUGAUGAAAUUCUUAAGGCCAAAUUCACUUUGAUGUUGAUUAACUCAUCCACUAAAUCUUUCUAUCGAGGAUUCUAAUUCUUGUUGUUCUUUUAGAUGCUACUGUCUGAGAUGCACUAGAUUAGGGCCAGCAGCAGAAGCUAAACAAAGAAUACUAGGUAGAACAACUACUAUAAAUUACCCGCGCUACCUCACUUAGACUUCUAACCACUAUGGCUGAACGUUGGGCAGGACCGAUCUAUUUCCUAGACUUACCAGGGAUGGGAAGCUGCAUGCGCAAAGAGAAGAAGUUUCAGAACGCGCAAGACGUGGAGCACUUCUUCGUCAAACGUCUCAAGUUCUGGGUCGAUUCCGUGCUUCCUCAAUCUACAAGAGCGCGACUCAGUGCAAAUAAUACAGCAAAUUCAAACGGGGCGACAAGUUGUGCUGUUGGUACUUCCACGGAUGAACAGCAAUUUGCUCCUGACGCACGCGUGGAGGUUGUUGGAGAAGGUGAACAAAUGCAAAAUGGCAGCACCGGAAGUAAUAUUAAAGGUAACAGCAAAAGCAGUGAUGAACAACAUGAUCCCUCUUCGGGUCUUGGUGAUGGCCCAUCCUCCUCGGCAAGCGAUUCUACUCGAGCACCAUCCUCAGCAAAGGUUGCAUUCAGUAUGACGACCCACACGGUUACCUACGAUCCAUCUAGUCCUGGAGAGAAGCAGACGUCUGAACCUGAAGCAGGUCCUCUAGUCGAAGAAGCUGAUUAUUUAGAUCAGGACGUGGAUGAACAGGAGGGUGCUUCCACAACUAGGACAUCUACUUCUGCAGCUAAGAACACGACGGGACCGGGAGUCGGAGGAAACUCGGUCUCAAAUAAUAACUCUGGAGGUUCAACAUCAAGUCGCAAAUCUCGUAGUGCAGUCCAGCCGGAUCGCUAUACUGACAAGUUUGUUCUCGUCGCGCAUUCUUUCGGUGGUUACCUGUCGACUGCGCUUGCUGGACAGAUCAAAGACCGCAUCGCUGGCCUCGUUCUCCUCUCUCCAUGCUUUGGGUUCCCUAAAACCCGGGUUCCGAAGGAGAGCGAGAAAGGCUAUACCGAAAAGAUGUCAGAGCUUGCUUUCGGCGCUCUCGAAAGCAAUGCUGGACCAGGAGGUGUUGCACGUUUGGUAGGCGGAUCAUUUGGGGGCACAAUGUUUCGGCACUGGGUAAGAACGAGGUUCAUGCAGCCACCACCAGAGAAGGAGUACGAUGCACUUGUGGAUUACCUCGUGGGGAUCAACUACGGUACUUACCUAUAAUCUUAAAGAAUAAAUCUUUGUUUGCUUUGUUCCGUUUUACUUUCGGAACCUCUUUUCUCCAACGUUAUUACCUCGUGGGGAUCAACUACGGUACUUACCUAUAUAAAGAAUAAAUCUUUGUUCUUUGCUUUGUUCCGUUUUGCUUCCUCUGUUUUUUACCUUCGAACCGGAACCUCUUUUCUCCAACGUUUUUAUUUGCUUUCCGUUUAUUUACAACUAAGUACUUAGCUACUUUCAAAGAUCAUUGAGAGUAGGAGAACCCACGACUGACCAUGAUCAUGAUGAUACCCAAUGAUCAUCGUGGUCGUGUACCAACGACGUCAAGUAGCAAUUUUGAUUCUUUGUCAUCAAUUCAACUUGAAUUUACUUAUGUAUUAUUUCAGAUGCCCCGCCCGGUACGGAGCAAAGUGUCUUCGCUUGUUUUGGUCAGUACAUGGUUCCGCUAGCCGAGAUUCCGUUGAUUGAGCGCGUGGGCAAGCACUUAGACGGCCUACCGAUCAUCUCCUUUUUCGGAUCCGAGGACUGGAUGGACCGUGAGGGCGCUUCUUAUCUUGGCGACGUCGCUGUCAUCGACAAAUGCUCUCAUCAGAUGGCUUUGGAGUAUCCCAGAGUAGUGGCACGGAGCAUCAUGUACUUCUGCAAGUGGAACAUUGAUCCUCAAACCGAACCUCUAGUCGCGCAAUGGAAAGCAAGGAUUGCGAAUCCUAAACGCGGAAGGCGUGCCACGGGAUCGCAUGCCAUGCUGGCAAAUAGAAGAGCAGCAGCUGCCACGACUGCGAACUUGUCAGCAUUGGACAAAACAACGGUGAAGUCGAAUCAAAAUGCUCUGCAAGCACAAGUAAGUGUGGGAGAUCUUGGAAGUGCUGAAGUAGGCGUGGGUGAAAUUGUCAAAAUUGAACCAGUACCAGAACAAACAGAACUUCUACCACCACCGAGUCAAGACCAAGAUGCUGCUCCUGAGUUCAGGGAUAGCUUGUUUAUGGGAGGUGACUUGCCUACUUUUGCUGAUAAAGGAACAAAUGAAGCAAAAAACAAUCAAGCUGAACAAGAUCAUCAACCUCAUGCUCAACGCUACCCACCUCCACCUCCUCGCUCAACAAAACAACAAGAGCAAGACCAACUACCUUCUAAGGCGCCUAGAAAUUCCGGGAGAAGUAAAAGUGCAGAAGUUCUUGGUGGUGAUCGAUCGCCUCAACCACGACGUGACAACAACUCAGCAGCUAGAGGUGACAGUAGGAGGACCUUUUCUCCUCCUCCACCUUCUACGUCGAAAUCGCGGAAUAGCUUUUUCGGUGGCCGCACUCCCGCAGUGGUCAUUCGUCCCGAGAAAGAGGUUACUAAGGAAGACCUGCUGAUGUCGAAAAAUCCAAAGUAUUCGAAGCGACCCUACAAGAAGAUCGUGCAGAUGAACAAGCGCGUUUUAGUAUGGUGGUUGCCAAAUGAGUCGGGCAGUGGAACAACUGACAUUCGAGAUUUUAGACCGGAUGAUGUCGUUCUUGGUCGUGGCGAGACUGUUCAACAAGAAGAUGAUCGCGAAGACCUCUAUUCUACCAGUAUUAAGGCUGUACCUAAUACAUCUUUGGACGUAUCCUUGGAACUACGUAUGGAGGAGUAUCCUAAGGGAAUACUCUCCCAUACUUUUCAAGGAUGCACUUGAAAGAUGAACUACGGACAGCUCUAACAGUAGUGACGAUCAUCAAUAUGAAGAAGAUUUUAGUGGAGAUGAAGUACUUCUAGCGGACGGUCACGGUGCACGACAACAAGUAGAAUCUUCAACUUCACUGUCGAAGAAAUAUGGAGGCGCAACUUCUCGAACUGGAGGAAAAGCAGGAGAAAGUAAGAUGAGUGGUGCGAACAACCAGGAUGCAGAUGAAGUAGAUCAUCGACGAAUAAGAAAAAUUGCCGAAGAUCAUCAUCACCAGAGCAGGACGACGAGUGGCAGAAGUGGAGGUGCUGGAGCCUCUUCGUCAUCUGGAGCAGAAAAUAAUGGAGAAGAGAAAGGGGAUAACAAGAAGAAGAAUAGCAACAGCAGAAGUCGUAGUACAGGACGUGGCAGGAGUGGAGAUCAACAUGAACAUCGUGGUGGAGGCGCACCUCCUGGAGCUAGUACCUCAGAGCCUGUUUUGAAACCGAAAAUCGUUGUUGAUUUUAUUGCACCACGACGAAUUAAGAUCGAACCAUCAGACCAGCAAGGCCAAGGAGAGAUUGAUGACGAUGACUACUCAGUUACAGGACAAGGUUCAGACCAACAAAUUCGAAGCAUUUUUAGAAAAUCUUCUUCUCGUGACAACAUGAACAGUGAUAGCAAGAUGAGCGAGAAGGACAAACAGAUAGCCGAAAUCCUUCAGAUGAGGGCGACUAGUCCUAAAACUCCGAAACGAUUUGGAGCAGGGGCUGAAAAAGCUACAACAGAAACUGUUGCGAGUUGGGCAGGAGCAGCUUCGCCAAGAGACGGAGAAACAACUGGAAGAUUGGUGGAUCCACGUGCUGCUACUGGUGUGGCGAAGAACAACUCCCAAUCUUCAACAAAUGAAAUCCGAGCACAGGAUCUCAUUCAUCCCGGAAUUAUAGUUGACCAUAGCAGCAAGAUGAACAAACUGGGUACAAAUUCAAACACCAGCAGCAUAGACGGGGAACCGAGUGGGGCUACUUCUGAUGGGGCAGCCUCUACCUCCAGAAGAGGCACGACAACUGACAUCAAGCUUAUUAAUAGAACAACUUCUACUUCACUUCGUGCAGGAGGAAGCGGAAAGGUACAACUAGGUGGAGAUAAGGAUCCUCCUGAAAAAUCGUCUACUUCUGGUGACACUCCUAGAGGUGCUCAGGGCUGGUUGCAGACGUUUCUUGCCAAAACGAUCGAUGAGGACGGCGAAAACGACGAGGUGCAAGAGCAGGAAGAACGACGACGGGAAGAGCGGCGCGAGCACAGGCGAAAGCUGAGGAGAGAAAGAACGCAGGAACUUUCCAACUCUAUGCGUCGUUUGACAGGAAGGGAAAUGAUCCUGACCCGACCUGGAGGUGGAUCGCCUCAGGAUUCGGAAUUCCUUCAACAAGGAGAAAUGAUGAACAUGUUAAACAAUCAAAAGGAAGAGAUGAUUGGCGGAACAUCACAGACAAACAGUAAGAAUAGCUACAGUCAACAUUUGAUGAACAACAAGCGGACCACUACCACUAGCGCGAAGAACUUCAACACGUCGGAUCGAAUCGCGCAGCAGCUUAACCAGUACCAUGAAGUGGAAAACAUCAACAACAAUCCCACACGUGAUGUUGAUGAGCAGGAACGAAAUAUUUUCGAUGGCGAUGUCGAUCUCGACUUAACCUCGAGUGAUGAAGAACUCACCCAGAAGAAGGAGCACCUGAAAUCGAGACCCACAAUUUUAGCUGACUUGAAGCCGAUUAAAUUCACGGAAAUCUAGUCGAACGAAGACUCUUAUACUAAAAAAGGAGGUAAAGUAAUUCUCAUUUGAAGGUGUACUAACAAACAUGUAAAACUAGAGAAAAAUAGAACGGCAAGCAUUUCGAAGAUAUUGUGAUGAAUAACCUUGUUUGUGCACGACUAUUUCUAUUUGGUAAAACACAGCAGAAAAUACAACUCGCUCUUGGACUUAUUAUAUAUAUAAUUAUUUGCUUCACUUAAUAUCGCUAUCGGAAGCAGCUUAAUACCUAUGAAAUUUAAAAGUAUACUCUUGUUCUUCUACUUGGUUCGACGACGAAAUUUUUAAGAUUGUAGAAGUAGUUGUUGUUGUACAGAAUGUAUCCAAAGCGACAUCAUAGUGCCAUCAAACACCUAAUAUUCGGGAUUAAGAGCAGCAGUCUCUCCGUUUUCGUCUUCAUGAAAGUACUAGUGCUCAGGCGCAAAUGAUAGUAAAAAUAAUUUUGUCAAUGCAUAAAGGUUAUUCACUGCAACAACGUCUAGUUUUCAUUUUGUUAGGUUAUCAUGUUUAGGGAGCUAGUGUAAACGAAGUUCGUGUGGAGUUCAGGUAGGGGGCUCAUAGAAUACAUCGAACCAAAAAGCGCAAAAAUGAAUGAACUCCGAUGUUGCCAUCAUUAAAUGUUAACGUUACAACAACACCAAAAACAUACGAAAUGAAAAGAGAGGCUUCAUUUCCGUGUAAGGUAUUUGCAUCUGGGACCACGAGGAGUUCACACUUCAGAUCUUGCGGCUUUUCGUAUGCGUAGUUGCUACGUGGUUACAUCGUCAUUCGUGCUGAAAAAUGAACAAAAAUGCCUCGUUUAUUCGUGCUUGAUAUCUUCAUAUAGUGGUGGAGUUCCGAGACCGAG